GGCCAGACCCAUGGGUCACCCCUGCUGUCCCCACCCAGAGCCGCGGGCCAGGAGGUACAAAUGUGGCCUGCCUCAGCCGUGUCCCGAGGAGCACCUAGCCUUCCGCAUGGUCAGCGGGGCUGCCAACGUCAUUGGACCCAAGAUCUGUCUGGAGGACAAGAUGCUCAUGAGCAGCGUCAAGGACAAUGUGGGCCGUGGACUGAACAUCGCCCUGGUGAACGGGGUGAGUGGAGAGCUCAUCGAGGCCCGGGCCUUCGACAUGUGGGCGGGAGAUGUCAACGAUCUGCUGAAGUUUAUUCGGCCACUGCAUGAAGGCACUCUGGUAUUUGUGGCUUCCUACGAUGACCCAGCCACCAAGAUGAAUGAAGAGACCAGGAAGCUUUUCAGUGAUCUGGGCAGCAAGAAUGUCAAGGAUCUGGCCUUCCGGGACAGCUGGGUGUUUGUAGGGGCCAAGGGUGUGCAGAACAAGAGCCCCUUCGAGCAGCACGUGAGGAACAGCAAGCACAACAAUAAGUAUGAAGGCUGGCCCGAGGCGCUGGAGAUGGAGGGCUGCAUCCCAAGGAGGACCACGGCCAGCUAGGCGGCCAAGCUCACAGACGGGACUAGGGAGGCUGCAUGCUCCCAGCCUGGUCCCCGGGGCCAGCCAGGAACGUUCUCUUGCCCCAGCACAUCGGGGUUCUGAGGCAGCAACCUGUGACCAGACCGUGAGCAGUGGUGUGGGCUGCAUGGCCAGCCCUGUGGCACUUUGUCAGGAGACCCCAGGUACCUGUCUCCUUUUCCUGCAGUUGCUCCCCUGCUCAUCCCCAACCCAGUUCCCAGGCACCUGCAGCCCCAAGUCUGGUGGCAGCUGCCCAGCCACUUGGGGCAUCUUCCAGAACCUCUUCAGCCCAGAGUGGGUCACUGCUCUGUGACCUAAUGUGAUUCGUUCUGGUGAGCCACACCUGGUGGCUGCUUGGGGAACCUGGCUGCCUCCAGCCUCACUCUCUGUGGGAAGGGGUGGCUGCCUUGGAGCCAAGCCAGCAGGGUGGUGAGUUGGCAAGCCUGAUCACGGUCCCUGGCACAGCAGGUGGCAGCUCCUGCGGUUUGUCAGAGGGCCCACCUUCUAGGUGACCUUUUAAUAAAUCAGUGGCCCCAAAA